AUGAGGAAUGUGAAAGUGUGGGCAAAGAAGUUGAAGCGAGGAAGCAUGCGAUGGGAACGGGAAUCAGAUGUGUUAGCCCUCCAAUGGGUUGACAACAAGCCUGUUUCCUUGCUAACAUCAAUUGAUUCCGCGAAUGACACAAUGCCUGUGACGAGAAGAACAAAGACGAGAGGUGUGUAUGACAAGGUAGAAUUAGUCCAGCCCUAUGCAUUAUAUAUAUGUAAUUAGUACAUGAAUGCAGUAGAUGUAUGCUUGCAUGUCAUAAUGUAUCCCGUAAGUGUUAUAGAUGGUGGAAGACUUUAUUCUACCACUUAGUAGAUAUUGCAGUUGUUAACGGUUUUCUUCUUUUUCAGCAGCAUCGUGCUAGUGAUCCGGACAAUCCAGAUUUGCAUCGUAGGUCUACUUAUAAUAUACUUGAUUUUAGGGAGGAGGUUAGUUAAACAGAUUACCGGGUUAGAAAAGUACGAUGUACCCCUGUAAAUGAGACAGUACAAGCUGCUCCUCGCCAUGAUCAGUUAUGUAUUGUCCAUAUUCCUAAGACGGCUGAGAAGAGGAGGCAUUGUGUAGUUUGUUAUGAGAAAAGAUUAGGGCAGAAGCCGGUCUAUACUUAUUGUAGUGCAAUAAUAGACAUAUGCAUGUAGGUUCUGGGUUUGAUUGUUUUGAGGUAUGGCAUAAUAGGGAUUAUACUGGUAAGAAGAUAUGAUUACGAGUAUUUCUGCUUUUGCUUGUUUAGGUAGUAUGUUCACGAUCAUGUACAAUAUCAAAUUUGUCAAACGAAUGAAAUUUGUAUCAUAUUUUUCCAUUAUGAUUACAGUUCAAAGUUUGAC